AUGGGAAUACAACUAUUGUCCGGGUCGUGUAUCAAACGUUGUUGGAAAGGACAAUAUUAUUGCAAUGCGUCUCCACCUUGUUCGAUUGCAUUUGAAGUUGGGGUGGGGGCAAGAUGCUAUGGCAUCAUCGCGCAGGCGGAAUGUAAACCCUUUCUGCUCUUCAUUACUUUACUAUUUAUUCUCGACCCCACCCUUUCACUCGCUUUUCGCGUCAUCCCGCCACAUAUAAGCAACCAAGACAAUCUGACAAGUGUAUAUUUUCGAUUCUUGUCCUUCUGA